GCGUUCCUGCCCCUGCUGAAGAAGGCUGCCCAGGGGAGCGCAGGCUCAGGGCUGAGCUGCAGCAAGGCAGCCAUCAUCAACAUGUCCAGCUCUGCCGGCUCCAUUGAGGAAGUCUAUUUGUGGGAUUAUGGACAAGUUGUCUCCUACCGCUGCAGCAAGGCUGCCCUGAACAUGCUGACCAAGUGCCAGUCCCUGGGGUACCGGGAGCACGGCAUCCUCUGCGCUGCUCUGCACCCCGGCUGGGUGCAAACAGACAUGACAAGAUCAGGAUCACAAAAGCCCCCCGUGACGGUGGACGAGAGGAUACAAGGGAUGGUGAAGGUGCUCUCCUCCCUCUCCGAGAAGGAGACCGGGACCUUCCUGGACUGGGAAGGGAAGGUUGUGCCCUGGUGA